AAACACAGUUUGACACUUCGUAAACUCUCAAGUGUCAGGUCCCGAAAAUACAAAUUUAAAUUCCUAAAACUUAAUUUUCAAUAGAAAUCCUAAAAAUCUUUAAUGAUUCGCUUGUUACUUUUAACAUCAAUCACGGGUUGUUUAAAGGUCGACUGUAGCACCGCUGCUGUCUCUAUGGCGCUCAAGAGUGUAGACUUCGAAGUAUUUGGCCGGGUGCAAGGAGUGUUUUUCCGGAAGUAUACAAAGGGCCAAGCAGAUAAGUUGUCACUCAAGGGAUGGUGCAGGAAUACAUCUCGGGGCACUGUGGAAGGCCAGAUGGAGGGACCUCCAGACAAAGUAGAAUCAAUGAUGCACUGGUUGAAGACAACUGGCAGUCCGAGCAGUCAAAUCGACAAAGCGGAGUUUAAGAACAACAAGGAUAUAACCGAGUACACCUUCCAAAGUUUCGAUAUCAGGCGUGACGAUUAGUUUUCCUUAUAUCUUUUAAGACACAAAAAAAACAAUUUAGCAGUCGAUGGUAUUUAUCAUCCUGUAUGACUAGCAUGCGUGGCACGUGAUAAUUAUCUCUAACCGUUACUCGUAUUUUUUUAUUGAGAUAAUCGAUGGACAUAUUUUUCUCGUGGCGGGCAUGCUAUCCCUACUGGAGUUAAGCUGAGAAGGCCAUACCAAGCUGUCCAACCUACGUCCAUGGUUGCGUGCAAAUUAACGGCCAAUCAUAAGACGCGCAAGAGUAGAGCAAGUUUUGAUUGGACGCUUUACCAACAUAGAUGUGGUAUCCACAGUUUGGUUCAGCAUUGCCUUUAUCCAGUCGCCAGUGACUAAUGACGUCAAUAGCACGCUUAUAUGAAACUAUAAAUUGAACAAAUAAGUUCUGAUACCCUCGUAUUUCCUACGCUUCUUGUUUAGGGUUCUUAGUAAUAGUUACAUAAAAUACGACU